AUGACCCCGUACCGCUCAAGCCAGUGCAUUUCUUCAGCGCUGAGUGGAAGCUCGGCCACCAGUGGCAAGACACUGUUCUACGGAUCCGCAAGCCAAGAAGAGACCUUCACGCUUCCGUUGCUCCAUCAUGCUCACGACCACGUCCUGAAGUCGUCCCUUUUCGGCUCUCAGAUAAUACCAACAGCGUCUGUAACGACAGUUGCAUCGACAUCCGCAUGA